CCGCCAACCACCCAACUCCGCCAACUACCCAAGUCCGCCAACUUCCCAAGUCCUCCCACUACUCAAGUUCGCCAAAUACCCAAGUCCCCCAACUACCCAAGUCCGCCAACUACCCAUGUCCGCCAACUUCCCAAGUCCGCCAACUUGCCAAGUCCGCCGACUACUCAAGUCCGCCAACUUUCCAAGUCCGCCAACUUCCCAAGUCCGCCAACUUCCCAAGUACGCAAACUACCCUUACCACACUAGAACCCCCACCCUGCCGCUCUAGGAAUGCUUCCCUGCUCCCCUGCGUUUCUAGGACCGACCCUUGCUGCUCUAGGACCGCCCCUUGCCGCUCUAGGACCACCCCUUGCCGCUCUGGGACCGCCCCUUGCCGCUCUAGGACCGCCACUUGCCGCUCUAUGAUGGCCCCUUUCCCCUCUAGGACCGCCCCUUGCUGCUCUAGGACCGCCCCUUGCCGCUCUAGGGCCGGCCCUUGCCGCUCUAGGACCGCCCCUUCCCGCUCUAGGACCGCCCCUUGCCGCUCUAGGACUGCCCCUUGCCGCUCUAGGACCGCCCCUUGCCGCACUACGACCGCCCCUUGCCGCUCUAGGACCGCCCCUUGCCGCUCUAGGACCGCCCCUUGCCGCUCUAGGACAGCCCCAUUGCCACUCUAGGACCGCCCCUUCCGCUCUAGGACCGCCCCUUGCCGCUCUAGUACAGCCCCUUGCCGCUCUAAGACCGCCCCUUGCCGCUCUAGGACCUCCCCUUGCCGCUCUAGGACCGCCCCUUGCCGCUCUAGGACCGCCCCUUGCCGCUCUAGGUCCGCCCCUUGCCGCUCUAGGACCGCCCUUGCCGCUCUAGGACCGCCCCUUGCCGCUCUAGGACCGCCCCUUGCCGCUCUAGGAACGCCCCUUGCUGUCUAGGAACGCCCCUUGCCGCUCUAGGACCGCCCCUUGCCGCUCUAGGACCGCCCUUUGCCGCUCUAGGACCGCACCUUGCCUCUCUAGGACCGCCCCUUGCCACUCUAGGACCGUCCCUUACCGCUCUAGGACCACCCCUUGCCACUCUAGGACCGCCCCUUGCCGCUCUAGGACCGCCCCUUGCCGCUCUAGGACCGCCCAUUGACGCUCUAGGACCGCACCUUGCCACUCUAAGACUGCCCCUUGCCGCUCUAAGACCGCCCCUUGCUGCUCUAGGACCGCCCCUUGCCGCUCUAGGACCGCCCCUUGCUGCUCUAGGACCGCCCCUUGCCGCUCUAGGACAGCCCAUUGCCACUCUAGGACCGCCCCUUCCGCUCUAGGACCGCCCCUUGCCGCUCUAAUUGCAACACUACAAGCUGGAGGCGGGGCUGACGGGCGAUGAUGCGUAUGUGGUGAGCGGGUCGGAGGACGGGCGCGUGGUGGCGUGGGACCUGGUGGAGGGCGCGGUGGCGGGUCAGCACAGUGCGCACAAGGGUGCCGUCACGGGGCUCGCCUUCCACCCCGACGACAAGCACAUGCUCACAUGCUCCGCUGAUGGCUCCGUGCGCCUCUGGGACGUGCACCAUUGACCAGCUUUGACCAAGGUUGACCAGUGUUGACCGAUGCCUUGAAAUGUUGAUAGCUGUAGAGAUUCAGUGAAGUAGGCGCCGGUGACAGGGCGGAAUAAGUCAGGGAGUUGGGUGGGCUGGGUGGCAACAUGGACAUCCAUGCAAGACGAAUAAUAUUUGGGUUUCUUGCAAUGUGUCAU